AUGGCAGAGGCCAAGGAGGUUGAUGUUCUUGAAAAACAUGCUCAGGAUGACCAUCAGUCUGAUGCCGACUCUCAGGUCGAUGUCCUCCGAGCAGCCGGUAUAGGCAUCGAUGAGGAUGACCCAACCGAACCAAUUCUCACUUUACGGAUGUGGGUGCUCGGAAUCGGCUUUUGUAUCGUCGCGAGUGGCCUGAAUACGCUAUAUACCCUCCGAACGCCCUCUCUCACCAUCUCUGCCUCGGUGGUUCUUCUGUUGGCCUACCCGCUGGGAAAGCUUUGGGAAAAGCUAGUGCCUAGCUGGAAUGUUCCACUUGGGAAUUGGUCUUUCAACCUUAACCCUGGCCCCUUUAAUACGAAGGAACAUGUUCUCAUCUACGUCAUGUCAAACCUCAGUAUCUAUGUUCGCCUAGGGGCUGAUGUCUUGACCGAGCAGCAGAUGUUCUACGGUUAUAAAGCCGGAUGGGGAUUCCAAGUAUUGAUUACCCUUGCCACUUUCCUGGUUGGUUUCUGUCUUGCGGGCCUGUUUCGUGCUAUCGUGGUAGUUCCCAAAGAACUCAUCUGGCCCGGUGUCCUUGGCGUCACUGCUCUUACCACUACCCUGCACAAUAUUGGCCAGGGUAAAGUGCAAGAGAGCUAUAAUACUUGGAAAAUCUCUCGCUAUGCAUUCUUUACCAUCACCUGCUGCAUCUCGUUCUGUUGGUACUGGUUUCCAGAUUUCAUCUUUCCAGCUCUCAGCUACUUCAGUUUCCCUUGUUGGAUCAAUCCGACCAACCCCGUCGUCAAUCAGCUGUUCGGCAUGAGCUCUGGAAUGGGACUUAUACCCAUCACAUUUGAUUGGAGCCAAAUCUCUUAUGUCGGAUCACCACUGCUGAUUCCAUCAUGGGCAAUUCUCAAUGUUUUCGUAUCUCUGGUGUUCUGGAUUUGGAUCGUGGCUGUCGCUUGUUAUUACACGAAUGUGUGGAGCACAGGGUAUCUUCCCUUUCAGAGCUCUAAAGUUUACGAUAACACUGGAAGUGUAUACAAAGCAUCCAAGAUUGUCAACAAGGCUUCCGGGUAUACACUGGAUGUCCAGAAAUACCUUGCAUAUUCCCCCGUCUACAUGCCGAUUACGUAUGCCUUGAAUAUGUUCGGCCUAUCCUUUGCUACACUGAGUGCCUUGUUGGUCUGGGUCAUUCUCGAACAUCGCCAAUCUAUGGCUGAUGCUGCUAAGAGGGUUCCCAAACUAGUGAUGGAAUCUCUCCCUGGUCGGUCCAAAUCCGAAGGUCAGGACGAGACUGGGGCGCCCGAUGUCCCGAUUUGGUGGUAUCUCGUUGGCUGUGCGCUUGCUUUGUUCAUGUCUAUUUUUGCGGUGGAGUAUUGGGAUGUCGAGCUUCGCUGGUACGGAGUUCUGUUGGCAUGCGCCGUUGCACUCGUCUUCUACCCUCCACUGGCCAUUGUAUACGCAACAUCUAAUCUGAAGAUCAACAUUGAUAUUUUUUGCAGAAUUGUUGCAGGAUUUGUCUUUGAGGGCAAAGUCCUGGCCAAUAUCUGGUUCUUUGAUCUCGGGUAUAUCACCACUAUCAAGGGACUGUAUUUCGCUCAGGACAUGAAGCUUGCCUACUACUGCAAUAUUCCACAACGCAAAAUCUUCCUUGUGCAAUGUGUGGGCAUGAUCGUUGGGACCCUUUCCUCUCUUGGAGUUCUGAAUUGGGCUCUCAAUCAUAUCAGCGGAGUCUGCACAAGCGCCGCCGUGAAUGGUUUCAGCUGCCCAUACUCCAGCACCCACUUCAACACAUCACUCAUCUGGGGUGCGAUCGGCCCACGUCGCUAUUUCUCAAAUCAGAUUGGCUACCACGCUCUUCUGUACUUCUUCAUCAUCGGUGCUAUCCUUCCAAUCCCCGUCUACUUCCUGAGUCGCCGGUAUCCCAACUCACUUUGGAAGCGAGUCCACAUUCCGUUGUUCCUUGGUGGCUUGAAUUACCUACCACCUGCGACUGGAAUGAACUACGGCAGUUGGGCGAUUGUGGGUCUAACCUUCGGUUGGCUCAUCCGAAAGCGGGUUCAUAGCUGGUGGAGCAAAUAUAACUUUGUGCUCAGCUCUGCCUUGGACUCCUCCGUGGGAAUCGCAGGCGUGGUCAUUUUCUUGACCGUUUACUUCACUGGGGCAAGCGAUCAUUUCAGCUGGUGGGGCACAGAGGUUUACCAAAACACCUGUGAUUGGAAGGGGUGUCCAUAUCUCUCAGUGCCCAAGGGAGGGAAAUUUGGUGUGUGA